AUGACCGGCUUCGAGGCAGAUGAUCUGCUCGGCAAUGUCGACGGUACUUUUCUGGUGCAUAAGGCCAUGGUGAAAAAUAAAACGGUUAGUUACAGACAGAACCCUUUAUUGUUGAACACUUAUUUCUGGUUGUUUGAUUAUUAUCUACAGCUUUGA